AUGUCACAGGUGGGCAAGGACUAUCCCGUGCAGGACGCGAUUAUUGCCUGGCUCUAUGCCCGUCUCAACGGCGACGUAACCCUCAUUAACGAUAACCCGCCUGAGUGGCGUCUCACAGCAAUAUUGACGCCUCCCGCUGUUGAGCUUCACACCCCUGAGCAACGCUUUCUCCGCGCUAUCGAACAGGGAAACAUCACUGUCCGCCGCGGGUGUUCGGUGUCCCAGGUAGAGCUCAUCAGCGAUCAGAAGGGUGCUGAAAUCAAGGCUAUUUUGGCGGGUAUCUUCCCUGACGAUAGUUCCUCCGGGGAUGAUGAAGAGUCUGAUGAAGAGACCAAAGAGAACUACAAGAUAGAAGCACCCAAGAACAAAGGCUGGACUAAGAAACUUUUGUUGAAGCUCAUUUCUGGUAUCAUUUUUGUGUUCAUUCUUUUGUUCAUCGUGGAUUUCAUAGUCGACAUGAACAAUCCUCUCGAUCCGGUUGUGUUCCACGCCUAUUGA